AAAAGACAUAUCUCUGGCCUUGCUUCUUCAGUCUAGUCCCAGACCAGGUACAUCAACAGAUCCAUGAUGAGGUUCGUUGCCCUCGCCCUCACUGUUUUGCUGGCAGGUUGCCAGGCCCGUUUCUUGGCGGACGAAGCACCAUCACAGCUGGAUCAUUUGAAGACUGGCCUCCAGGUUUAUGCAGAUCAGCUGAAGCAGUCCGCACACAAGGCCCUCGUACACCUCGAUGGCACAGAGUUCAAAGACUACAAGGAGUUCCUGGGCCAGUCUGUGGAUAACCUCCAUAGCUACUUUCACCAGAUCUUUCAAAUAAUCACCCCAGUCGGUUCUCAAUUGCUGGAAGUCGCUGGUCCCGCCCAAGUGAGGUUGACCAAGGACAUGGAGGACCUCCGCAAGCAGCUCGCGCCCAAGCGUGAGGAGCUCAGGGCGGUUCUGGAGAAGCACUUCGAGGACUACAGAGACAUCCUGAAGCCCUUCCUCGACGACUACAUGGUCAAGCAGCGCGAGCACAUGGAGGAAGUCAGAACCAAGCUGGAGCCAGUGAUCCAGAGCUUGACAGAGAAGAUCCCACCCAACUGGGAGGAGACCAAGACCAAGCUGAUGCCCAUUAUCGAGAUUGUGCGGGAAAAGCUGACGGAGCAGCUGCAGGAUGUGAAAACCCAUCUGGAGCCCUACGUCCAGGAAUAUAAGGAUCAGAUGGAGAAGAGAGCCCUUGAGUUCCGCGAGAGCGUGCGAUCCGGAGAACUGAGGAAAAGGAUGACCGACUUGGGCGCGGAGGUGAAGCCUCACUUCGAGGGUAUUUUUGCAGCUCUCCAGAAGUCUCUUAGCAAGGAGUAAACCAACUGUUUUUCCACGGCCCAUCCUCCCUUCUUCCUCGCCAAGUACCGACACCUCGACCCAUGAUCUGGAAGGCUUUUCUCACAGCGUAACCAAGAAUACACUACAAUACACGAAUACACACAUAUGCACUUUUGACACAUUUCUCACAACUACAUUCUCUCUAAUGGGAAAACACAGAUAUGAAUAAAAGAACACUGAAACCUGUUCAUUCAAAACUGCCUAGCAAAAAUCCUUUGUUAAGCUGCUUUUUGUCAAAAACUGAUUUUCAAUGUUCAAUGAAAUAAAAAAAUUAAAAAAAAAUAUUUCAUACCA